AUGAAACUGACAUGUGACGUCAAAUAUGUCGGAAUAUUAGACGCUGAUAUGAGGAAUUCGUUGAAAUACGGCGAAUACAAGCAAUCCCCAGAUUCGCAUGUUAUUCGUGUAACUCAGAAGGAAAUCCUUAUCGAUGCUGUCACUUUCCAUGAACGUUCCCUGCAGAUCGAUUUUCAUUGCCUAUCGGAUGGAGACUCUAUUCUGUUAAAGUAUGGAGUAGAUAAAUCCGUGCAACUUGUAUGGCAUGCAGAGUUUGCACAUGAUAUAAUACCAGAGGAGUGCCAGAUGCGUUCUGUUGAUCGAGAAUAUGUGCUAAAGAAGCGGGAUCCAAGUCAGUGGAGUUCAGGCUUAUUGCAAUGUAACUCAUCUAGUACCUUAUCGGCUUUGCGCUCUUCAUCCACCGCAUACCCUCAUACAACACGGCCGAGCAUUUCAUAUCGUUACAUUGGUUCCUCAACAGAUCGGUCAGGUUUACCUCCCACAGGACAGUCUUCGAACUGGAUUUCUUCACACGGUUCUAAAUAUCAACGUACCUCCUAUUACCCUGCUAGUCGAAUUCCAUAUUCAGCGCAAAAUUUCAGUUUUAAUACAUAUGGAAAUUAUCCAUCAACAACGCUAAGAUCGCAGUCAACUAAUUCGGUCUUGCGAAGGUCGUCCUCAUCGUCAUUGUUUUCAUCGGCUUCUUCAGCUUCUUCAAAUAUUGCUCAAAACUCAUUGAAUGAUGUCCAACAUUCAACAAACACUGCAUUGAAACAAACUGUUCCUCUUUCACCAUCUCCGACAGGUCGUCCAACAGCCAAGGUGUUACCCUAUGAUGAGCAAGGAACAGUUGUCGACUGUGGUUUUACUGGUCUACGGAAUAUUGGGAAUACAUGUUUUAUGAAUUCCACUUUACAGAUGCUUGUCAACUGCAAGGAACUUCAAGUUUACUUUAGCGGUGGUUACUAUAAGAAAGAUAUUAAUGUAAUGAAUCCACUUGGUUUCGGUGGACGCUUGGCAGAAGUUUUUGCGGAAUUCAUGAAGCAAAUGUGGAAUGGCAUGAAUCGUGCAUAUGAACCAACAAAAAUAAAGGCAUGUGUCGCCGAGAAGGCUACGCAGUUUGCAAAUUUUGCUCAGCAUGAUGCCCAUGAAUUUUUGAGUUUCGUGUUGGACGGAUUGCAUGAAGAUCUUAAUCGAGUUCGAGUGAAGCCUACAACGAACACGAUUGAAGCCGAAGGACGGCCAGAUAUUGAAGUUUCGCGUGAAGCAUGGCAUAACCAUCUGUUGCGUAAUGACUCCAUUUUCGUGGAUCUCUUUCAUGGUCAACUGAAAUCCAGACUUCAAUGUCCGAAAUGUAAUCAGAUAUCCAUUACUUUUGAUCCGUUUGCUUAUCUCGCUGUACCAUUUCCAAAAGAAAAACGUUCUUCUACUGUGUAUUUUUGGCCUCUUGAUCCAUGUCUUAAGCCUGUUAGAAUUACGGUACGAUAUAAUGCAGACGGGAAAAUUUCAGAAGUACUGGAUGCAUUAUCGCGAUUGGUUAAUGUAAAUCCGAAAUCUAUGCGUAUAAUCGAAGUAAACAACCAUCGUAUUGUUCGCGCAUAUAAUCCAGAUGAUAGCGCUAACAACAUACUUACCACGGACAUUAUUUAUGUCUUUCAAGUACAUGAUCCUUAUGAUUGCAAUGAUGAUAUUGUUGAAUUCGCCGUUGUUCAGCGUCUUCUGUAUCGUAAGGGUAUCGGUCGUGCUUGUGCUUAUUGUCAGGCUACAGAUGUAAAACUGAAAACUUGCGAGCGUUGUUAUGACGCUUUUUAUUGCAAUCGCGAAUGUCAAGUGGCAGACUGGCCAGAUCAUAAAAUCAGCUGCAGAUCGCGUACUCAAGCAGAAGCUGUUGGACAACCAUUCAUUAUUUCAUUGCCCAGAAAACGAGCCACUUAUUCAAACAUUAUGCGCAAUUUGGAAAGUCGCUGCAAACAUUCAGUUAAUGUAUUCCAACCACCAGUUGAGAAUAAUAACGAUGCAGCUGUUGAUCAGCUGGAAUCUUCUCGUGAAUCAUAUGUGGCUUCCAGCUCAUGCUUUUCAGCAUCUGCUAUCAAUGGAAAUAUUGGUGAUUUACCGGUAGAAGUUACCCCUGUUGCUGCUAAAAGACAAAUGGUUCUUGGUGAACCUCGAAAUAAAUCACGAACGGAGUCGAAACUAUUCUUAGUACGUAAACUACAACAAUCGGAUGCUGUUAUUGGGGAUACAUUGGUUGAUUCGCGUUCUGAUGCAGCUUUGGAUUUGCCAAAUGGAACUUUCCUAUCAAUUAACUGGUGGAACUUGAAAUGUGGCAAAGAAUAUUUAACAGUCGAAACAAAAAGAGAUGUGGAUAUCGAUGUCGAAAAAACUGCUCACUAUCAGAAAAUGUCAUCAUCAAUGGCAAGUUCAAGUAGUAUUGCUUCGAAUCCAUCGUUGUACGAUAUGUUAUCUAUGUUCUCAGAAACUGAACGUCUGAAACCAGAGGAGUCUUGGCAUGUUUUGUACUGCAGUAAAUGCAAAGAACAUGUGGAAGCAACUAAACAACUCGUUCUAUACCGCUUACCUCCUAUUUUGAUCAUCCAGUUGAAACGUUUCAUUUACACAACAUCACUCAUGACAAUACAUCGCCGUUCCAAGGAUGAUCGUCCCGUUCGAUAUCCUCUUGAUAAUCUCGAUUUAGCUCAGUUUUUAUCCGACACUGCUCCACCAGGACAG